AAGUACCCGCGUUAUAACGACCAAGAGAAAUAUAACAAAUCAAGCGCCCCUUAAUACUCAACUGUAAGCCUGCAACUCUCUAAAACAACCUAAAUGAGCUCUUACUUUGUAAACUCGUUCUCGGGGCGCUACCCAAAUGGCCCCGACUAUCAACUCCUAAAUUAUGGAGCCAGCAGCGGCGCAAUGAACGGCGGGACGUUUAGGGACUCUUCCACCGCCACUAUGCACCAUGCAACGGGCUCUUACGGCUACGGCUACAAUGGCAUGGAUCUGACCGUCAGCAACCGUGGAGGAGGGGUGAGCGGCAGCAGCAGCGCCGGCGGCACCGGAGGACACUUCGGUGGCGGCUCGGUCGUCGGGGACUCCCGGGGUUUUGGAUCCCCGACCACAGAGAGAGGCUUCAGACAGCCCUCCAGCUGCUCCCUCGCCGGGGCAGACUCCCUGCUCCCACCCGGGAGUGGAGACACCAAGCUGGCCGCACAGAGCUCGUCCUCCCCGAUCUUGGAUCAACCAGGAAGCGGUAAUCUCAGCUCUCCAAACCUGUCCACCUCCUCCUCCGGUGGCGGCGGCGGUGGCACGGCGCCGCGCUUCACCGAACUAGAUGACGCGUCUCCAGACACAGACGAAAUGCACCAGCAACAGCAGCACAACCGGGACCACGGCGGUCACGGCGGUGGUGGCAACGUGACGCCCCGGACCGGACACCCGCAGCCCGGGCAGAAACAGGAUGGAGGGCCGGCCGUGUCAGCCCCCGGCAGCACGACGGGCAACGAGGGUCAGCCACCACAGAUUUUCCCCUGGAUGAGAAAGCUGCACAUUAGCCAUGAUAUGACGGGACCCGACGGGAAACGGGCCAGGACGGCGUACACCCGCUACCAGACGCUUGAGCUGGAGAAGGAGUUCCACUUCAACCGGUACCUCACGCGGAGGCGGCGGAUAGAGAUCGCGCACGCGCUCUGCCUCACCGAGCGCCAGAUCAAAAUCUGGUUCCAAAACCGGAGGAUGAAGUGGAAAAAGGACAACAAACUGAAAAGCAUGAGCCUGGCAACCUCCGGUAGCGCAUUCCAACCCUGAGCUAAACAGCAAAACAAAACAAAAAGAAUCAACCAUUCAUCCGUCCAUUUCAUUGGAGAGGUUCUUAUCAAAACUGGGCUUCCCUGGAGGGAAAACAGACUGACCUGCAGGAAAAAAUAAACUUGAAGAAAAAACAAUAGAAGACCAUAAAAUGGAGUAAAAUAUAAAUAUAUUAAAAAAAGAAGAAGAAGAAAAAGAAGAAGAAGGAGACGGUGAUGAAGAAUAUGAACACGAGAUUCCAAAUCUAGACUAAUAGGAAACUAUUACAAACUGAGUACUGUACAGCAGCGCAGCACUUUUUUAUUUGUCUGGCAUGUUUGGUGUUCUAGGGCAAAGUAAAAAAAAAAAGAAAGAAAAAAGAAAGAAAAGAAAAAGAAAGAAAGGGAAAAAAACAACAACUGUGGUACUUGCUCUUGUAAACAAAAAACCGUGGUGUUCCUAUAUGUUGUCGUCAUUUAGAUGUUCUGGAACAGAAGGACAGGAUGAAAAACACUACCUAUACUACAUUUCUACCUUGCGUCCUGCCUUACAACCUAUUCCUUACCCAUUGUUUAAUGUCUAAAUAUCGUUUUAUGUGUAAACUGUUUUGUAACUGAAAGAAUGCUUUCUAGAAAUGAAAGCCAGAUAGCAUGUGAGCUCUUACUGCGGUAUUGUAAGUUAUUUACUGCCAAUUACGUGUAUAUGCUACUAGUUUGCCCUCCCCCUCUUUCUAUUACACAAACCUGUUCAGUUUAUUUUUUUUAAGUUAAGGACUCCGUGAACGUGUGUACAGUGUGUGUCUAAAAGCAAAUCAGCCCUGCCUACAUCUCUGUAUCCAUGAUGGUGUGUAUAGCAUUAUUAUUCAAAAAGUGUAACUAUAUAGGCUAUAUUAUUGUUAUUAUAAUUAUUGGAUCUAUGUGUCCAAAAAGGUUGUACAUACAUAUGUAUUGACAUUUUUAAAUGUGACCAGUUGCUUAUUUGUAGCUGUAGAAGUGUGAGUGGGUGCGUGUUUGUGUGUGCGCUUUUGCGAGCGUGUGUAUAUCUCAUAUUAUGAGGACAUACAUUUGUUUACGCCGUCACUUGUGGGGACAGUAUCCACGUCCCUGUUUGUUUAAAUAUGAGUAUACGGUUAGGGUGAGGGUUAGGUUGUGGUUAGGGUAGGUAGGACAUGCGUGUGUGUGCGUGUGUCUGUGGACGUGUAAGGAACGGCUACCGUCUUGUAAGGCCUGUAAGCUUUCUGUAAAUGCCUUUUUUGUAUCUUGGAAGUAAAA